AUGAAUAAUACAGGUCAAAACAUUCGAAAACUUAUAAAGGAUGGGUUAAUCAUCAAGAAACCACAAAUUAUUCAUUCCCGCUUUCGUGUUAGAGAAAAAUUGGAAGCCAAACGUAAAGGUCGACACACCGGUCCUGGUAAAAGAAAAGGUACUGCCAAUGCUCGUAUGCCUACCAGCGUGUUAUGGAUGAGGAGGCAACGUGUAUUAAGAAGAUUAUUAAGAAAAUACCGUGAAUCGGGUAAAAUCGAGAAACACUUGUACCAUCAAUUGUAUAUGAAGGCGAAAGGUAAUGUUUUCAAAAACAAGCGAGUUUUAAUGGAAUAUAUCCAUAAGGCUAAAGCCGAAAGAGUUCGUAUUAAACACCUCGCUGAUCAGGCCGAAGCUCAUCGUCAAAAGGCUAAGGCCGCUCGUGAACGUCGUGCUAAUCGCCAAGCUCAAAAGAAGAGCGAAUUACUUGGCUUGGACGUGUUAAUGUGA